AUGAAGGAGCAGCUCAUUGCUGACAUGUUUAAAGUGAGCAUUUCUACUGUCAGCCGAGUGACCAUCACAUGGGCCAACUACCUUUUCAUUGUGUUCUCGUCAAUUAACAUGUGGAUUAGUCGGGAGAAGGUGAAAGCCAGCAUGCCUCAAAGAUUUGUGAAGCGCUCUCCAAAUGUGCGUGUCAUCCUGGACUGCACAGAAGUUGCUUUAGAGGGGGCAUCAUCACUAACUUUACAGUCUGAAACCUUCUCUGCGUACAAGAACCGCACCACUCUGAAAGGGCUGAUCGAAGUUGCUCCCAAUGGGUUGGUGACGUUUAUUUCACAGCUGUACACUGGCUGCAUCUCCGACAAAGAGAUCACUAAAAUCAGUGGAAUUCUUCCGCUGCUGGAGCCAGGAGAUGAAGUCAUGGCAGAUAAGGGCUUCCUCAUUCAAGACCUCCUUGAUGAAGUUGGGGCCAAACUCACAAUGCCACCUUUUCGACAUCCUGGUCAGUUUAGCAAGAGAGAGACUGAGGAGACCCAAGCCAUUGCUCGUCUGAGAAUUAUUGUCGAACAGGCAAUAGCCAGAAUCAAGCACUACCGCAUCUGA